AUGUCUUCCAAACCCGCAUCCACCAGCGAGAAAUGCUCCAGCAUCGAUAUGCCUGCUUCUGAAGAUCCUGAGAAAGCCACUGCUGAUCCUGCAAGAACUCAAUUGGAACAGACGGUCGACGAAGACGCCAACGUGAUCUCCUGGGACGGACCAGACGAUGCCGCCAACCCUCUCAAUUGGUCCUUGGCGAAGAAGUCCGUCAACAUCGCCAUACUCUCGGCGAUGACAUUUUUGACUCCGCUCGCUUCGUCGAUGUUCGCUCCGGGUGUGCCUGAGGUAAUGAGGGAGUUUGGAUCCGAGAGUAGCUGGUUUACACUGCUGACAUCUCCCAAGAUAAUCGCCCCUCUAUCCGAGCUAUACGGCCGCAUCCCAGUGUACCACCUCUGCAACGCCGGCUACAUCUGCUUCACCAUCGGCUGCGCUCUCGCCACCAAUCUGCCCAUGCUGAUCGGCCUGCGCUUCCUUCAAGGCUGCUGGAGCAUAGCACCUCUCACCAUCGGACCUGGCACGAUCGCCGACCUGGUGACGACCGAGCGAAGAGGGACGGCGAUGUCGUUGUGGUCAUUAGGCCCGCUUCUUGGUCCGACGGUGGGACCCAUCGCGGGUGGUUUCUUGUCAGCUGCCGCCGGUUGGAGGUGGAUCUUCUGGCUGCUGGCCAUAGCAACAGGAGUCACCUCAUUGACGGCUCUCAUAUUCAUGCGCGAGAGCUACGCAACAGUCCUUCUCGAGCGAAAAGCACAGCGUCUGCGCAAAGAAACGGGCAACACAGACCUCCGUUCGAAGCUCGACAUGGGCCUCAAUCCGAAGCAGCUGUUCCUCCGCGCCAUAGUCCGGCCGUCAAAGUUGCUGCUGCUCUCGCCAAUCUGUGGCAUAAUGUCGCUGUACAUCGCCAUCGUGUACGGAACGCUUUACGUACUCUUUACCACGUUCACCUAUGUCUUCGAGGAAAACUACGGCUUCUCCCAGUCCACCGUCGGCUUGGUGUACCUUGGCAUAGGCGUUGGCAUGAUGUUCGGUUUAGGCUUCUUGAUCGCGACUUCCGACCGCAUCCUGAAGAAGCUCGCUGCGAAGAACAAUGGCCAGUACAAACCUGAGUAUCGGUUACCGCCACUGCUGUACUCGGGGUGGGUUCUCCCAGUUGGAUUGUUCAUAUAUGGGUGGACUGUACAGUACAAAAUCCAAUGGGCGGUGCCACUCGUAGGUACAGCCUUCUUCGGUGCUGGCCAGGUGCUAAACUUUAUGGUCAUCAACACUUAUCUGGUAGACACCUUCACCAGAUAUGCAGCAUCAGCCGUAGCAGCUUCGACAGUACUCCGAGCAAUCCUCGGCGCAGUACUGCCACUGGUCGGCUUGCCAAUGUACGACAGGCUUGGCUAUGGCUGGGGAAACACCUUACUAGGCUUCGUGGCCCUUGCCUUGUAUCCGACGGCUUUCGUACUGUACUUUUACGGCGAGAAAAUCCGAACGCAUCCCAAGCUUCAGAUGCAGCUAUGA